AUGCUCUUCAGUAAAUUCUUCGUCGCCUCCGCAGUCGCUUCUUUUGCUGCUGCCACGGCUCUUGAAAAACGCGGUGGCGAUGAGCACUGUAUUGAACAAUGCCCAGGCCUCCAAUGCUGCCAACAGACGGGGCUAGCGUCCUCCAGCUCCAUUAUCAGCGCAGUUACACUUCUUGAUCCCAUCACGCUCCUCGGCAUAUUGUUGGCCUUGCCUGCCACCGUCCUCGUUGGGGUUAACUGCAGUCCCAUCACCGUUAUUGGCGGUAGCAAUGGUCCAUGCGAUGGUGGCACCACGGUUAUUUGCAAUGACAACAGCCACGGUGGACUCCUCAACAUCGGAUGUGUUCCUGUUACUAUCUAA